CCUUCCCAAGAUGGCGGCACGAAGGGGGGGCGCAGUCGAGGCUCGCGGUCCGUUCGCUGCGCUGCCCGCACGGCGCCCCCGUGGCGGCGCCGGCCCGUCGGGGCUUUCCGCGGUGGUUCCGGUCCGAUGGGUGAGGCCUGGCAGCUUGUGCACUGCCCCUGUGCUACCCUGCGUGCCUCUCCUUCCCUCCCUGCUCCGCAGGCACAGCACGGGAUCAGCAGGGAGGGGCGGCUCUGUCGUGGAGGAUCCAGGAGCUCGGCGUGCGUGUCUGAGCCUGCAGCUGCGAGCCGCAGCAGGACCCAAGGUCUGCACACGCCUGUGUACAGAAGAAUGAUGCGAGAACAGAAAAGUUGCAAUGGCAUUGCAGUUCCCUGCACAGAAAAUAGCCAGGGAGGUGAAGCCCGGCCCAGUGGUGCCGUUCGACUGCGCCCCGACUGGGAGCAUCAGGGCAAUACAAGCACUUGCCAAGAGCAGCUGGUGAAGAUGGCGCAGAAGCAAGGACAAGGGUGCAGUGAAAAGUUUGGUGCAUCGAUCCAGCUUCCGGACAUGCGCGGUGCCGCCGCCCAAGAAAGGAUUUUUGUGGGUCAGCCAGAUGUGCUCCUGCCUCCCACUGAGGCUCUGAGAUGGAGCCGAGUUUGCAUUCCAGUUUAUUGCAGCAGAGGGUCACGGGAAAUUUCCUCAGCUAUCUCAGGCACAGAGCCAUGGAAGCAAGACAGCACGAAGACUGAACGUGUAAGAAGAUGUGGGGUGCAAUGGAGAACCUGGCAGGAGCAUCCGACGCACACGUGCACGAGUUUUGCUUUUUGCUUGGAUUGAAACUCAAAAGUUGUAAGGAAUUUGGGAAUGAGAUGGGACGUUUCAGAAGAAGAGGAAGGAGGAGAAGAAGUUGUUGUUACAGUGUUACAGUCCUGGCAAAAUCCUUUGUUCUAGCUAAUAAAAGAAGUUAGUUAAAAAAAAAAAAAAAAAAA